AUGAAAAGAUUAUGGCAAGAUUUGGAUUUUCGUGUGAAUAGCAAUGUCAAAAUAACUGACAAACUUGUUAAAUUGUAUGUGCAACAUGUACAACAUGAAAAAAUAACAAUUAGAAGGAUAUUUUUUGGUGAAUCACCAAAAUUAACUGAUUGUUCAUUAAAAGUACUCAGGAAAACAAUGUGCCAUCAACUGACAAGUUUAGAAUUGAUGUCAAAUACAUUAAUAAGUGAUACAGAAAUUUGUGUGUUUAUACAUACUACUGGUCUUAACCUAAAGCAUCUAAAUUUGUCAGAUACAAGUGUUGGCAAUAGAACAGUUCGAAAAAUAUUGACAACAUGUUCAAAAUUAGAAACAUUGGAUCUAUCAAGUUGUAAUGGUGUCACCACCGAGGCAUUUGAUCCUAGUGAUUUACAAUGUAAAGCUACUGGAAUUGCUUCAAUUAAUUUAUCUGGAUUAAUCACACCAGAAGUAUUUUCAAAAUUAACUAAUUAUCCUGAAUUGAAAAGAGCUGCUUUAUUUGAACACACAAAUAAUUCUGCAGCAAGUUUUGAAAAAGAAUUUAAUAGUUUUACAACAACUUGUGUAAACUUGCAUGAGUUUACCUUAGUCAAUUGUUCAGAAAUGCCUGAUUAUUGGAUUGAUGAUGGUGUAACAUUCUUGUGUAAAUCAAGAUUAUCCAAAAAAUUAGAAGAAAUUGAUUUUCAUGGAAAUUCAAAUAUAACAGAUAAAUUUGAGAAUUAUGGGAAAUUUUUUUGUCAAUUUGAGAUUGAACUUGUAUUAAAUGGAUGUAAUAAUGUUCCACCAGAUGCUAUUGAUCUUUCAAGAAAAUUAUUAAGUUUAAAUGGGGGAAAAGUUUUUUACGAAUUUCGUGAAUGA